UUGAAAUUUGUGACCGGAAGUGGAGUAUGUGUCUCACACGUGAGAGGUGGAUGUGUCUGACAGCGGGCGGAGGCGACAGAAUGUGGAGCUGCUACAGAGACGGGCUUUUUCCCAAAAAGAAGAAGGAGGAAAAAGAGUCAGUAACAUUUCCAGCUAUAAACAGUGGCCCAACUUCACUAUGUCAGAGGACAAACAGAAAGGGGCAUUACACCAAACAGAAAGAGGAGUCCAAUAUUACAAAUCAACUCAAAUAUCCACUACCACUGCUGCAAACAGACAACCCCCCAAAAAAUCCUUACUUAGAGGACAAAAUAACUGACACACUGCAUCAGGGCCUUUUUUUCAAGAUUAAGGCUGCCAAGGCCUUACAUAAAUAUGGGAGAACAAUUGACGACUCGGAGUUACUAAGGAGCAUAGAGGCUGAGGAUGAGGACAAAGAAAAAAGAGAGACAGACACUUCUCUGUCUGUUAGGUCAAACAAAAAUCAUGUGGACAAAAGAAGUGAAAAUAAACUCCCAGGGACUCACUUGUUGUGCGGUACAAUGACCAAUGAGGUUCAAAGAAAGAAGGAGCCGCAAUGUCUUGUUGAAGAGAAGAGAUUCAUGGUCUACAUAUGUGGUGGAUACAAAGACACAGUUGCAGAGAGAAGUGUGCUUUUGGAGAACGUUUAUCCCAGACUGUAUCUCUACUGUAAGCAGAGAGGCUACGACUUCAGAAUGGUUGACCUCCGCUGCGGGGUUGGAACACCUGCUGCUGAACGGCACGACACUGUAGAGCUGCAUGUGGAGAAUCUCCAACUUUGUCAGGGAAGCCAGGGUCCAAACUUUAUUUUGUUUGUAGGACAGAAGUAUGAGGUCCAGAGCCUUCCCUCUACCAUCACCAGAGAGGCUUUUGAGGCCAUAAUAAAAGUGGUGGAGAGAGACCGACAGCAAAUGCCCGGGAACAAACCAAUGGAGGACUUACCUGCCUCAGGCUCCCAGUCCAGCAUCACUACAGACAGCAGCUCUGACAGUUUCAUUCAGGGUUCAAUUUACGGGAGUUAUCUAAAUUUUGGAGAACAGGCUACAUACUCAGGACUGCUGAGCCAGAGCUCCCACAAUUCAUUUUCAGAAGGAGAUAUGGCCAGACACAGCUUUGUGGGUGCAAAGAGUCUGGGGGAUUUGGAAAAAGACCUAACAUUACUCCAGAUGUACUACAAGAUGGAUGAGAAUUGCCUUCCUCCUGUCUACCGCUUAGCUCUCAUCAGCUGUCACCAUCCUGACAGUUUGAGCAUGGACAGUGAGCGCAGGAGACAGGCCAGGAAGGACUGGAGCACGGCCUGCCACAGACUGUGUGGAGUUCUACAACGCAGCGCAGUUGAGGCACUUGGACAAGAGCAGGCAUCACUGUUACUCAGAACAAUUCUUGACUGGGAGGUAGAGACAGGUCUGCAGUCUGUAGAUGGGGCUCCACCAGAAGAGCACUGCCACUGCUAUAAGAGAGUCAUCCCAGACCUUUACUUCAACCUGAAUAAUGAACACAUCACUCAGUACAUUGACCUCCUGAAGGGACAAGCUCAGCUCGACCCAGUACUCAGCACAGCACACCAGAAAUUUAUGGACCGGCUCCAUGAGAAGCUGCGCCACACCAACAUCUAUGAGCGUAAUGUAGGAUGGGGACGGAAAGGCCUGAACCCCAAACACAAUCGUUCACACAAGUUCUACACCAAGCGCAUCUCCUCCCACUUUCAACGGACUGUUAUCAAUUCCCUCAACAAAGUAAUGAAGGUCAACAAAACUCAAGGCCCUUAUCACACAGUGAGGAGAGAAGCUGUCAGAGUGCAGAUACAGGAGGAGAUACAACGUCAUGUUGACUACGGACUCCAUCUUGCAAAGGGUUGUACUUUGAGGCAGGCUUUCCUAGCUGAUGUGAAGAAGGCAGUGGAGCAGUCAAGAACCAGACUCAUCCUCCUGCUGGGUCCACCAGGCUGGGGAAAGAGCACCUCCAUGGCUGCAGUAGCACAGCUAGCACCCUCUUGGCUAUCUGGAGCUGUGAAGAUAUUGGUGCACUUUAUUGGCUUUACUGGGGAGAGCAGGAAUGUUCGUCUGGUCCUGCAGAGACUUUGUGUCCAGCUGGCUGAAAUCUACCGUCCCCACACACAGCUGUCAGAGGGUCUCCCUCAGCUUAUCAAUGAGUUCCACUCUCUUUUGGGCUUUGUGGGAACAGAGAGGCACCUGGUGGUCCUGCUGGAUGGGUUAGAUGAGCUAUCUGAGGAACACUGUGCAGACCUCUCCUGGAUAUUAACCCCUCUACCCCUAAACGUCCACCUCAUUGUAUCUGCAACCACUGACUCGCCCUGCACUCACACUCUGCAGUCAGCCCAUCCCAUGGUCCUGUCUCUCCCUCCAAUUAGUCCAGAUGACAUCAAAGCAGCAUUAGAGACCAAGCUGCGGACUGACCAAAGGUGUCUGCAGGAGCACCAGUGGCAGCUGCUGGUCCAGGCCUGUCUGUCUUGUCCAUGCCCUCUGUACCUGGAAGCAGCUUACUCUGAGAGCACGCUCUGGACCUCCUACUCCCACCAGGCUAGCCUCAGCCUUCCAGCCAGCCCACAGGGCCUCUACCUCACUGUGCUGGCUCGCCUGGAGAGAGAGCUGGGGAGGCAACUGGUGAGACGGACUGCAUGUCUGAUAUCCAUCUCACGUUGGGGAGUCACUGAAGAGGAGUUACUGGACCUACUGGCCCAAGAUGUGGGAGUGCUCCAGGAAGUGACCUCAUAUCACUCCUUUUCCAGUCACCCCAGGGUGCCUUAUGUCUUGUGGGCUCGACUGAAACGUGCCCUCGGCCGUCACCUAACUGAGGUCAGGACAGACGCAACGUGGGUGUACCGCUGGACGCAUUCCGAGCUGAGCCGUGUGUGCAUAAAGCACUACUUAACAGAUGAUUCUCGUAUGGCUCUGCACGCAGACUAUGCUCACUACUACAGAGACAAGUCGCAACACACAGACAUAUUUCAGCCACUGGCAUGGACUCUGGAUGAGGUGCAGGAUGGUGGAGGUGUGACUAAAAGUUACAGAUUUAAUCUGAGGAAGCUUCACGGGUUGCCCUACCACCUGGUUCACUCAGGCCAAAUCCUGCCCUUCCUGUCUGAAUGUAUUUUCAACUACGAGUUCCUGCUACAUAAGGCCUGGGGUCUGUCUGUCCUUGACAUCGAGGAGGACCUGAAGAAGGUUGUGCUGCCAGACAAGUUGUUGGUGGAUGUGGAAGUGCUUGCGGGUGCUCUGGAAAUGUCCAGAGCGGUGCUGCUGCAGGACCCCUGUCAGCUGGCCUCCCAGCUUAUGGGUCGACUGGGACAAAUGGUUAUUGAGGACCGUCCUGUUGCUAAAGGUGACCCGCUGAAGUUCAGCUACCUCCAUUCUCUACUGGCUCAGUGUGCCCAGUCCUCCCUGCCUGUGUUGCUUCCCAGCUCCACCUGCUUGCUGACCCCCGAAGGCCUCCACCACACCCUGCUGGCAGGUCACUUGACCAAUGUGACUGCCCUGGGAGGGGGGCAGAAAGGACCCUUGGGUGUGACCAGUGAAUCUGAUGGAAGCCUGAGGUUUUGGGAUCUGGAGCAGAGGCGGAUCAUCAGGAGCCUGGACGCAGUGGGUGGAGUUGUGGGAGAUUCAAUCACUCUGGGUCUGGAUGAUAGGAUGCUCAUAGUCUGCAUGGGACAAAGUCUGCAGGUGAGAGAGGUUCAAUUCGGACGAGUUGUGUAUUCAGAGAGUGACUCGGUGGACCUUCCCAUAGUAACAACGACUUGUGACGGACAGCUGCUGGUGAUCUUCUAUGAUGGAAGUCAUCUAGUCAAGGUGUUUGACCUGGCCGCCUCCUGCUCUCUGCUGCACUGUGUUAACAUUUCCAUGGAGCGUGAGGCAAUCCACAAAGACCGCUCCAUUCUGCUGUCCAACAACUCCAUCAAGGACUACGUCCUCUUUGCCUACAGGUCUGCUGGUGAGGCAGCUGUAUUCAGUGCGAGAGGGGGCGCUGUGCUGUCUGUCCUAUCAGCUCAAAAUGGUGCUGCCUCUAUACAAGCCGUGGAGAUGACUGAAGACUACCUGCUGCUCUUCUGCAGAUACCCUUACAGGAGUGGCUGUGAAAUCAUCCACAUCGAACUCUUCAGCUCUGUCUCCUUCCUCUACCUGCGGUCGAUACUGGGCUGCAGCCAAGACUGCAUUUCCCAGGUCACUGUCAACCGGGCAGGGACUCACGUCGUGGCUUUUUGCCCCUCCCCUCGUACCGGCAUCACUGAGCUGGUCACGUGGAACCUGGAGACAGAGGACCACAAACACAUCACGCGCUUCCCUGCAUUGCUGACCAAAGGCGUGUGUUUUGACCUGCGCUACUGCCUGGGGAUCUGCAGCGGAGAGAAGUACCUUCGCCUGUGGGAUCUGACCUCCAGGAUCAGUGACCAGACUCUUACCUACAACAUCUAUAAGCUCAGGAGUGACGGCACAGAGGAAGUCAUCCCUGUGGGGAAACCCCCGAGGUAUGCUGUGUGCCGCUCCGUCAGAGCUGGGACGGUGUAUGUGUGGAACUUGACCAGACGGCGCUUCGUCUGCCAACCAGUCAGAGUGGAGCACGGCCUCUACAGCAACACUGAUGUGGUGCUCGCCCAGGACUUCAAACUGUACAUCUUUACAGACAGAAGCACAAACAACAACAUGGACGGCCAUUCAUAUCUAUUCCAGACUCUUCUGGUGUAUGAUUUGAUUAAGCGGCGCUAUGUGAGUAGACAGACUGGGAUCGCAGUUAUUACCUGUCCUCGGCAUGAAUACUGUCUUCUCAAUCAUGGACGGACUCUUCUGGGCCUAUCAGAGACCAGAGAGCAUCUGAUCCUUUGGGAUCUGGACUCUGGCUCUAUCAAACAUGAGCUGAAACCAUCCCACAGAGAGUCGCUCCUGUGCAGCAGCUCUGUCCGAGACUUGCAGCUUAAUGCGACACCACGCAGUGAGACAACAUUGAUGCCGUGGGACAUUCGGACAGAGAGCCAGUCUGAAAAGAAGAGAAGGCUGGAGAGAGAGGCAGAAAGAGAGAAAGAGGUGAAAAGGAGGCUGGACAAAGAGAAAUACAACUCUAUAGACCAGUACGUCCUCAGUGGAGAUGAGCAGGUGGUGGUGUGCUCCUACUUUGCUCACCACCUCAAUGUCUUCAGCAUGAUUUUGCAUGAACACCUCCACACCUUGGAGGAUAGAACAUCACUGCUGAGCCUCCACACUGCCGCUAUUACCUACACUGGCAGUCACCUGGUGCUGACUCACUACAACCAAGACCAGAGGAACCCCUACGUCACCCUCUGGGACCUGCACAAAGGAACGGUGAGGAAAGAACUGAGGAAUGAGGCUGGAGUGUGCUGCGUAGCUAUCACAGAUAAUGCAGACAGAGUUGUCUUUGGGGUCACAGGAAGAAACAGACUGAAGGUGUGGGAUCCCUUCAAGGGAAACUAUAGGAGCAUCUGUGGCUAUGAGAAUCUGACCAUAGAAGUCUCCAGUAAGCUGUACAUGACAGAAGGAGGAACCAAAGCCAUUCUGUUGUCAGUGAUGCCGUGGGACAUUCGGACAGAGAGCCAGUCUGAAAAGAAGAGAAGGCUGGAGAGAGAGGCAGAAAGAGAGAAAGAGGUGAAAAGGAGGCUGGACAAAGAGAAAUACAACUCUAUAGACCAGUACGUCCUCAGUGGAGAUGAGCAGGUGGUGGUGUGCUCCUACUUUGCUCACCACCUCAAUGUCUUCAGCAUGAUUUUGCAUGAACACCUCCACACCUUGGAGGAUAGAACAUCACUGCUGAGCCUCCACACUGCCGCUAUUACCUACACUGGCAGUCACCUGGUGCUGACUCACUACAACCAAGACCAGAGGAACCCCUACGUCACCCUCUGGGACCUGCACAAAGGAACGGUGAGGAAAGAACUGAGGAAUGAGGCUGGAGUGUGCUGCGUAGCUAUCACAGAUAAUGCAGACAGAGUUGUCUUUGGGGUCACAGGAAGAAACAGACUGAAGGUGUGGGAUCCCUUCAAGGGAAACUAUAGGAGCAUCUGUGGCUAUGAGAAUCUGACCAUAGAAGUCUCCAGUAAGCUGUACAUGACAGAAGGAGGAACCAAAGCCAUUCUGUUGUCAGGACAGUUGAGCCUGUGGGACCUGGAGGCACGCAGCGUCCUGUCUGUGCUCACCCUGGAUGCACAUGUCCGCUGUAUGAGGCUGCUUCGUGGACGUGAGAUAUCCGUCGUGCUUGGCCUUAGCCACAGCUCCGCCCUCAUCAGCAUCAAGUCAACAUCCAGGAUUGUCAGCUCAGCAGCUCAAGUGGCUCAAGACGGCGACCUGUUUGGAGAGUCCAGCAGCAGCGAGGGAGAGGAGGACUCGUAGGCCAGUCAGUGAUGGACAGAAAUCAUGACAGAACAAAUUAAAUCCUUAUCAUGACACAUGGAGUAUGAAGAAAUAUACUUUGGAGAAAAGAUGUUGUGCUGAUAAACACCAUUACACUGAUAUAUUUGUGUCAUAACUAUGCACUUUUAUCUGCAUUACAUCCCCCAAAUAGUUAUGCAGGGUAUUUGUGGUGUGAUUAUUAGUUUUUAUAUUUAAGAUAGUUACACUAUAAACUGCAAAUAAACAGAAAUGUCAUAAUAUCAUCCAA